AUGCCCCCCAAGAAGGUUACCAGCGCGUCCAAGAAGGCGGCGCCUGCUCCUCACACAUCCUACCGCGAUAUGAUCAAGGAUGCCAUUAUUAACCUGAAAGAACGCAAUGGUAGCAGUCGUCAGGCUAUCAAGAAGUACGUUCAGUCUAACAACAAGAUCAACGUCACUUCCCAGAGCGUCUUUGACUCUCAGUUCAACAAGGCUAUCAAGGCCGGUGUUGAGAAGAACGAGUUCACUCAGCCCAAGGGCCCAUCUGGCCCCUUGAAGCUUGCGAAGAAGGAUGCUCCUGUCAAGGCCGCUCCUAAACCUGCCGCAAAGCCUGCUGCGAAGCCUACCCCUAAGGCCACUGUCAAGCCUCCCACCAAGACUGCCCCAAAGACUGCUGCCAAGAAGGCUGCGCCCAAGAAGGCUACCACCACCAAGCCCAAGGCCAACUCUGGCAAGGCCCGCAAGACUUCCACUGCUGCCCCUGCUGUCGUUGAACAGCCCAAGAUUCUGGGAAAGACCAAGUCUGGCCGUAUCACCAAGACUACUGCCCCGCAGCCAGCAACAACCCGAGCUGCUCCCCAGAAGCGGACUACCACGAAGUAG